AAGUUAGUUUGAGGCGGGACCUGCAGGGGGCGGGGCCUGCAGGAGCCGUGGUCAGGUAACUGGGCUGGGUUCCCACUAGGUGUGGUCUCGGAAGGCUGGGGCGGUGGCAACGUGGAGGGCGGGGGUGACAGCAGCCCCGAGCCGCAGAGCCUCAGCUUCCGCCUGGUCCCAGCCUCGUGGGAGCCCCGCGGGUCCUGCCUAGAUGUGGAAGACUGAGGCCUUUGUAAGUGCAGAGCUCAGCCCUUGAACCCUCUGUCCCCAAGAGCUCCAUGCAGGUGCCACAGGAUGGAGAAGACCUUGCUGGCCAACCCUGGUACCACGGCCUCCUGUCCCGCCAGAAGGCUGAAGCUCUUCUUCAGCAAGAUGGUGACUUCCUGGUUCGUGCCUCUGGGUCUCGUGGGGGCCACCCCGUGAUCUCCUGCCGCUGGCGGGGCUCAGCCCUCCAUUUCGAGGUGUUCCGUGUGGCCCUGCGUCCCCGGCCAGGCCGACCCACAGCUCUCUUUCAACUGGAGGAUGAGCAGUUCCCCAGCAUGCCCGCUCUGGUUCACAGUUACGUGACAGGCAGGCGCCCACUGUCCCAGGCCACAGGGGCUGUGGUCUCCAGGCCUGUGACUUGGCAGAGGCCUCUGCGACGCAGCUUUAGCGAGGACACCCUGAUGGAUGGCCCAGCUCAGACAGAGCCUCUCAGGGCAAGGAAGUGGAGCAACAGUCAGCCUGCAGAUUUGGCACAUAUGGGACGGUCAAGAGAAGACCCCACUGGGAUAGAAGCCUUCGCCAUGCCCGUAUCUGCCUUGCCCCGAACGGGCAGUGACCCCGUGUUGCUGAAGGCCCCUGCUCCCCUGGGAACUGUUGCCAACAGUCUCAGAGCCUCCGAUGGGCAGCUUCAAGCCAAGGCACCAGCGAAGCCUCCCCGGACACCCUCCUUCGAACUGCCUGAUGCCUCUGCACGUCCCCCAACGUACUGCGAGCUGGUGCCCCGAGUACCCUGUGUCCAGGGAACAUCCCUGAGCCAAAGCUGCCCAGAGCCAGAGGCCCCAUGGUGGGAGGCCAAGGAGGAUGAGGAGGAAGAGAACAGAUGUUUUACAAGACCACAGGCUGAGAUCUCUUUCUGCCCCCCUGAUACCCCCUCCUGCCUCCUGGGCCCCCAGAAUCGGCCCCUGGAACCCCAAGUGCUGCAUACUCUCCGUGGCCUGUUCCUGGAGCACCAUCCUGGGAGCACUGCCCUUCACUUGCUAUUGGUAGACUGCCAGGCCACAGGCCUCCUGGGAGUGACCAGGGUUCAGCGGGACAACAUGGGGGUCUCAUCUGGCCUGGAGCUGCUCACUCUUCCCCAUGGACGUCGCUUGAGGUUGGAACUGCUGGAGAGGCAUGAGACACUGGCGCUGGCCGGGGCACUGGCAGUGCUGGGCUGCUCGGGGCCGCUGGAGGAGCGCGCAGCCGCACUGAGGGGCCUGGUAGAGCUGGCGCUGGCGCUGCGGCCAGGGGCAGCGGGGGACCUGCCCGGGCUGGCUGCGGUCAUGGGCGCCCUGCUCAUGCCCCAGGUUCGUGGGGAGCAGGGAGUGGAGGAAGCUGGAGUGCGGGUGACUGGGAAGACAGGAGAGGAGGCAUGCGCAGGUCUCUUCUCCCAGGUGUCCCGGUUGGAGCACACGUGGCGCCAGCUCCGUAGGAGCCACACGGAGGCUGCGCUGGCCUUUGAGCAGGAGCUGAAGCCGCUGAUGCGGGCUCUGGAUGAGGGCGCUGGACCCUGCGACCCCGGCGAGGUGGCGCUGCCGCACGUGGCACCCAUGGUGCGCCUGCUGGAGGGCCAGGAAGUCGCGGGGCCGCUGGAUGAGAGCUGCGAGCGGCUGUUGCGCACCCUGCACGGGGCGCGUCACAUGGCCCGGGACGCACCCAAAUUCCGCAAGGUGGCAGCCCAGCGCCUGCGAGGAUUCCGGCCUAACCCAGAGCUGAGGGAGGCCCUGACCACCGGCUUCCUGCGGAGGCUGCUCUGGGGUAGCCGGGGCGCGGGAGCUCCGCACGCUGAACGCUUUGAGAAGUUCCAGCGCGUCCUCGGCGUCCUGUCACAGCGCCUGGAGCCUGACAGCUGAGAGCGCAGACCCCUUUCUUCACACCCGGGAUCCCCAGGUGUUUGCAGACCCCGGAAGAGACCAAAGGAGUCGUCCCAGGCUCCUCACGUCCUCAGGCGGACACCUGCCCUGUGCCUCACAGCAGAGGUGGGGAGGGCAGUCAGGGUCAUCCGGGUCAUGGUGAACAUGUGACCUGCAGAUCUGGCAUCAGAGGCCAGAGUUCAAAUGUGACUCCGCUUCUUAAAAGCUGUGAUUUCUAGCAGAUCACUUCACCUCUCUGUGUCUGCCUUUAACGAAAUCAUGGCUGUGCAGCAGCUCAGGCCUGUAAUCUCAGCACUUUGGGAGGCCCAGGCGGAAGGAAGGCUUGGGGCCAGGAGUUCAAGACCAGCCAGGGCAACAUGGUGAGACCUCAUCUCUACAAAAACUGAAAAAUAAAAAACUUUUACAAAAUGUAAAA